AUGUCAGCAAAUUUCUUCAUACUCUGUUUAUCUAUAUUUAUACUUCAUGUUAUAACAGGCCAAUGUACUGCCACGGUCUACAAUGGCAUUAUUGGUGCAAUUGCGCCUGAAAGUGCACUGCCAUGUGGUGGUGUAGGACAUGGUCUACCAGGAUAUACUCCAUCUCAUGGUGGAGGAUUUGCAGUGACAAGUGCAUCACCCAUCGCACCUAAUGGUGUUACAAUUGUUUCUGACAAUCUUAUUGUAGAGGGCGCUUUAUCUGUUUGUGGACAGUUACCAGUAUUAGGGACUGCUGCAUUAGAAGGUCCCUUACCUGCAGCUGGACAAGGGGCUGUAGAAUAUGGAUGUGGAGAUGGUGAAGUGGGUAUUAUAAGCGAAGUGUCUCCUGAUGGAUCAUUUAUGUAUGUCGGACCUGUUAUCGAUUACUCCCAAAUCGGAUUGACACCAGCAUCGUGUAGCUACGUUUAUUAG